CAUUAGUGUGAGUGCAGCCUGGGACAAAGUUCCCAUGGAGUUUGGUAAUAAUUAACAGGAGAUUUUUGGGUUUGAUGCGUGAAAACCUGACAUGAGGAAGCUGCACGGUGGACACGCAUCCACAGUUCCCGACGUUUGCUUCGAAGUCAGUCAAAGGGAAUGCAGAGCUUUGAAGAAUGGAUUGACUGAACGGAUGGGUUAAACAUGGACAUCCUUCCUCUGGUCGUCCUACUUUUUUGCAUGACUGAAGCUCAAGAUCGUCUGACGCUUUCGCCCAUAAACCUGAAUGUGGUGCGAGGAGACGAGGCCCGUUUCACCUGCACAGUCCGCAACUCGCCGUGGAAUACCAUGAUUUUGAAGUUGAACAGAGAUUCAGUGGUCGUCAUCUCUAAGAAUGAAGGUGUUAAGGAUUCCCUCAACUCAAAUGUGACGGCGGAGAAGUCCAACGAGGACAGCUGGGUGUUAGUCCUGAAGAACACGAAGAAGGAGUAUGAGGGUCAGGUGACCUGUGAGGUUUUAGGAGUCGAUAGUCAAACAGCAUUCCUGUUUGUACAAGAAAAAGGCAAUGUGGUAAUCCAAGGAGAAAGCCGACUGGCCUAUAAGGACUCCCUAGUCUGGUUUCAGUGUCGUGCAGCUGGAUGGUUCCCUAAACCUCUCGUGCAAUGGCAGGUGGACGGCAAGAAGGUGAAGCAAAAUCAACACAGUGAAUCCGACAGCAGCUUUGUAGAGGUGGUGGGGGGCUUCUUCACUGUGACCACCAACCUCACUCUUAGAGCUGUGAAGAGCUCUCAUGUGGACUGCCUGGCCUCCGUCUCGGCUCUUCCAGAACCACUGAAAAGCAGCAUCAAUCUGACAGUGGUUGCGGAGGUGUUGCAAGAAGUGGGGAACUGCACAGACUUGGUGAUAUUAUCCGCCUGUCUCGGUGUUCUGCUGCUGCUUCUGCUGGUUUGCAUCGCCACUGUCCUCUGCUACAGACGGAGGACACAAAUAAAGGAAAACUUGCAGGAAGUGAUUAGGUUUGACCAACCAGGCCCUGAAGGAAACACGGUUGCUGGGGCAACAGGGGGGAUGCUGAACCUGGGGUACUCCAGUGAAGGCACAAAUGAGGAUGACGCCGUGGGUAACACGGGAGCUUCCCGGCAAUCCAGUUAUGCCAGUUUCCACCAUGGGGAACACGCUCAUGUUUGGUCAGAAAACAACCGAAUGUCUGAUCCUGCUCCUCAGGUCCCUGAUGUGGUGGACAACAGCAGCAUGUCUCCAUCCAGCCGGAGCCACACCAAACAGUUUCAGCAACAAGGAAGCCACACAAGCAGCGUUCGCGCAAUUACCACUGUUUAAAAUGUUUUUUUAUUUUUUUAUUGUGUCUGGACCGAUGUGUUUGGAACAUGCUCUGAUUAUAAGCAUAUUUUUAAACCAUGUGUGAUCAAAAUAAUGGUUGAAUAAGAGGUUAUAGAUUUUGGAUUUAUCUAAAGUUUGAGUUCAACCACAAAGUAAGAGUGAAAAAAAGAUUCAGUUUCUCAGAUGUUUUGUUUUAGUUUAGUUUUUUUUAAAAGUAAUUUAUAUUAUUUCAAAUGAUUAUUUUACCAAAAGCCAGACUCAUACCUUUGAGUUCUUCGUUCCAAUAUGCUACCACAUUUAUCAGACAAUUAUUAGCCACCAUUUUUUACAAUAGCAUGUAGUUCUGAACAUAUUUGUAUUUAAAACUAAAUAUGUAGCAUUACCUGUGAUAAUGCAAGUGCUGUAAGCUGAAUGCGGCCUCUGAAGAUGCUAGAACGGAUAGGUAAAACUGAUAGCUAAAAAUGCUCAAGCUGAAAGCGCUGAAUCUAAAAGCUCCCUGAAAUAUUAGCUAGAUGACAAAUUAGCUGAAGAUCUGGAAAAAAUGUCUAAUUUUGCACAAAAAAAAAUAGCUUGCAUAAUGCUAUAUUUUAGCUAAACUCAAAAUUUUGCCUAAGGAUUUUUAAAAAGUCUAACUUUGACAAAACAGCUAGCAUAAUGCUAAAAUAUUAGUUAAACUCUAAGUUUGCCUGAAGGACUUAAAAAAGUUUAAUUUUGACAUAACAGCUAGCAUUAAGGUAAAAUAUUAGCAAAAUUUCAAGUUUGCUUGAAGAACUUUCCAAAAAUGUCUAAUUUUGAAAAGACAGCAUUAAAAUAAAAUAUUAG